AUGAUGCUGAAAGCUCAGAACUACCGAACCAUCCCUCUAAUUUCACAAAUCUACAAGGUCUUUACUCGAAUCAUCGUCAGCCGAACCAGGAAAAGCCUAGAAAUGCUCGCUAGCAAAGAACAAGCCGGUUUCCGAAAAGAGUUCUCCACCAUGGGCCAUGUCCACAUCGUGAGGCAAAAAACGUUCGCUUCCGUCGAGCUGAAUGCUACACUGAACGACUUACGCGACUGCAGCUUUAACCCUGUCUACAUUGACUUGAUCCAGGACUUGAACACUAACACCGCAGCCGACAUCAAACUGUCCGAGGAACCACUCAGCGAUUGGGCGUAUUACUGGAUUCAGAAUGGAGCAGGUCGCCGUAGAUCGCCGGUGGCGACCGGAAGCACGCACAGACGUUGUUGUGAGAUGUUUCUUAUCCGAGCACGCGAUGCGACUGUCGUCGUCAACUACGAUUUUUUCAAGUCCGCGUUCGAGUCCGAAUGA